AUGGUAAUCGAAAGUGAAGUAUUGUAAACUUUAUAUGAAUUGUAUAAAAGGGAUUUAAUUUCAUAUGCUUAGAAAGGCUUGAUCAAAGGUAAUUUAAAUAAUUAGAAGGUUGAGAUAUGUUAAUAAGCAAAGAUGCUAUGUUUUUAUCUUGUAUUAAGGAAUGCGAUAGUUAGUUUAGUUUAUAGGAUAGAAUUAUGGAAAUGUUAAGAGGUCAUAUCUUUGAUUUAAUAUUUUUAGAAUAGGAAUCACCCCUUAAUAUAACAUCCACAAGCCCAAUUAAAAGAAUUUCGUAUUGUUAAUUCAGUAGAUAGAGAUUUAAAAGUGUUAUUUAAGACUACAAUAAAAAUAAUACAUAUAAACGAUUUAGAUCAAAUUCACUUGUAACCAGUUGAAAUAAACAAUAUUACUUUAGUUUCUGACAAUAAUUAUAUAAAUAUAUAUUAUAAAUAAAACUUUAUAGUUAACUCAGGGAAAGCUAUGGGAAUUUGUGGAAACUCAUCACUAAAAUCACAUCCUAGUGACAAUAUAAUUGAACAGAACAAGGAGAAGAAUGGACUCUAAUACUAACUAUCUAAAACUGUUAAAUUGUUUGACUAUAAUCAAAAUAAGAUAGUUUAAGUACCAGUUCUGAAUCCAGCAACUUAGAACACUUUAUAUUUUAAAAGAUAAGCAUAAAGUCCAAGUAAAAAUCAUGAUACUGUGCAAUAAAUCACUUAAUCUUGA